AUGUUAUAUGGUGCAGUUACUAAUAAUAAUGUUGUUAAAACUUUAUAUACUCCAAAUAUUUGUUAUUUGUAUGUGAAUAUACCAAAUCAGUCAUAUAAUGCCAUACCAGCACAAUGUAAUCAAGUAAUGGUAUUAGCUAAUGGUGCAUGUUCUUUUACUAAUAUUGAAAAACCUGAAAAUGUUACUCUUUUUGAAAAAUCAAAUAUAACAAAAAAAAUUGAUACUUUUUUUGUUGCCUUUUUUCGACCAAAUUGUACUUCAGAUUGGAAGACAAUGAUUCCAGAUGGUAUUGUUCGAGAUUAUAAUGGAACAUGGAAAUUACCAUCUAAAAAUACUGAUUGUGAUAAACGUGCAACAGCAGUCAUUAAUGAAACGGUAGUAGCUGUACCAUCUUCUUUAAAUACAUCAUCUUUUUUAUGCCAAUGUACUCCAAAAAUGAAUAACACAAAUAUUUCACAAACAACAUCUAAUGUUAACGUAUUAACAACAACACAAAGUACUAGAAGUAUACCUACAACACUACAAUCUUCAACAAUAUCUACUUUAACAACAUUUUCAAGUGUCACACAAGUUUCAAUUACAACAACUACAAAAGAAGCCUCUAUGAUAAAUUUUUAUAACAAUUUCUUCAUAAAAAGUUUAAUCUGCAUUUUUUUCUACUUCAUGAAACAAUUUUAA